CAAUAAAUGAACAAUUAAACUACAACAAUCUGUUCAUCAAGGCAUUGCAAAAUGGGAAGCAAUGGAAAGCAUACAGGAGCAGAAAGGUAUGCAGUGGUUACGGGAGCAAACAAGGGGAUUGGGCUUGAAACUGUGCGGCAACUUGCUUCUCAAGGCAUUACGGUUGUGUUGACGGCUAGAAAUGUGAAGAAGGGGAUGGAGGCCACAUCCAAGCUCCACCACUCCGGUUUGCCAAAUGUUAUUUUUCAUCAGCUUGAUGUUUUGGACCCCGUCAGCAUCCACCACUUGGCCAACUUCACUCGGGACAAGUUUGGCAGGCUCGAUAUCUUGGUUAAUAAUGCUGGAGAUAGUGGACUUGUAGUUGAUGUGGUUGAUGCGGAAGGCCUAAGGGCCUUAAACAUAGAUCCCACAUCCUGGCUCUCAGGUGAGGCUCUCGGUUUGGUUCAAGGAGUGAUUAAACAAACUUAUGACAAGGCAGAAGAAUGCUUGAAUACUAAUUACUUUGGUGUGAAAAGAGUCACAGAGGCUCUCCUCCCACUAUUGCAGCUUUCCCCAGCAGGAGCAAGGAUUGUGAAUGUGUCUUCUCUCAGAAGUGAGCUCAAGAGGAUUCCCGGUGAGCAUAUAAGAAAAGAACUAAGCGACAUAGAGACUCUAACCGAAGAGAAAGUGGAUGCGGUUGUAAGAAGAUUUCUGCAUGACUUAAAAGAAAAUGCUCUUGAAAUCAAUGGAUGGACUUUGAUGCUGCCUGCUUAUAGCAUCUCCAAGCAGACCCUCAAUGCCUACACUAGAGUUCUUGCCAAGAAGUAUCCUAACAUGUGUAUCAACUGUGUUCAUCCUGGCUUUGUCAAGACAGAUAUGAAUUGGAACACAGGAAUAAUGAAUUUAGAAGAGGGGGCUAGAGGCCCUGUCAUGCUAUCUCUUUUACCUCAUGAAGGCCCUACAGGAUGCUACUUCGAUCGUACUGCAGUGGCCGAGUUUUGAUUUCGCCGUUUUCCGCUUGCAGCAUAUGCUGAGUAAUGCUAUAUGUAGGACUUUUAUUUCUUUUUUAUCUCUAAAUGUAACUUAACUUUUAAAAUCAUUAUCUGAUGAUAAUUUUAAAUGUCAUAUCUUUAGAGAUAAAUGUUUUACAUAUAACAUUACUUAUAAACUAAAACUUUAUGUUUCAUAAGUUUUGAGAUUUUGGACAACAAUA